UUGCAGACAGCCCUGUGUGAGUGAGUGCGUCUGUCUCAGGAGCUCGGGCUCUUGUUUACAGCAUUAAUUUCACAUAGAGAGACGACGGAUUACGAGAGAGGGCUGCUCCGGGAGCUAGCACACACACAAUCUAGUUUGGAGAACCGUGCGUCGGGGCAGUAAAACAAGCAAUACCCCACCGACCAGGUCAGACACGCAGUGGAUUAUUGCCUGGCACUGACCUUCAAGGGCCCCGCAGACAGAGGCCGGGAGUCGCCGCUCCAUUCAUUUGUGAUUGCAGCGGCCUCCUUCAGGAUUUGAAUCCGGGUGUAAAAGGAGGCCGAGAGGGAUGAAGUCUGAGGACGCGGAGUAUCGAACCCCUGGCGCCUUCUGCCUCGUGUGCUCGGUGUACGAGCGGCAAGGCUGACACUAUACAGCGUGCAAAAUACCCCGACUGGGGCAAUAACUGUUCAAGGACCGGUGUAUCCAACCUAGAUAAUAUCCUGAUUUGGGCUAAUAGGUCCACAUAUUACUCUGGGAAUAAUACUUUACCGCCACAUUGGGAGCUACUUACUGGAACAGUACUCUGGGGUAAACUGAGGAAUACUCGAAAAAGUAGGAUUGAUUGCAAAAAUAAAAAAUAUACCACUUGCCAAGAGGAGGGGAGAUUGUAUUGAAAUAGACUGCGUGGUGCAGACAUCGCAAUACAGAGGACCCGCUAAGGGUGGAGGAUACCGGGAAAUAUUUUGGAUAUUGGAAUAUAUAGAGAUUCUCAUUUACCCACCAACCAAGGAGCGGUAUAACUUACAUUAAUAAAAUACCCCAGGGACAGAUACCCCAUCUCUUGGGAGUGGGCGAAGAAUCUGGCACAGAUACCCUGGUGACGGGUACCUGGUUUGGGAGGGUCUGUAGGGGCGAUAUACUAAGAAAUAAUCGGCCAUGUGACACCUACAACCUCCCCCUGUCACGUUGUAUUUUGUCACCCUGGGUAAAACUGAACCAAAGAGCAAAUCCCAAAUAAUUCUCCUCCUCCCUGUGUUCCCGGCCAGCAGACAGGGAGGAGAAGCUCUCAACAGCCCUUCACCCCUAACAGGGCAGAAUUUCUCUUGGGGUAUUUUUUUUUUUUUUUUUUUACCAACAGCCACUUCAGACCUGAUUGAAGGGGCACGCAGUUUGUGUACAAAAUAACUAGCCCCUUGCUUCAUCGUUGCAGAUUUAUCUAUGAUCCAGAACAAGGUCACUAAGUGGAGUCACACAGAUUAUUGUCCAUAAAUACAUAGGAUCAUAUUGUUAUCCAGCAGCCAUCUUUAUUUUGGGCUAGUGGAAGUUCUGCGUGGACGUGAAUGGUUUGGCUGGAGUGGGAGUUACACUCGAGUUUUUCUCGGAAGAUCUAUGGGUUGUGCCGUUGACAUGAAGCCCGGAUCUGGUUGGGGGUGUCCUGCCUGGCUGUUGGGGGUCUUCCUACUGCUGCUGCUCCUGUGCCUGGGGCCAUCGGGUGGUAAAGUUUGUGGUCCCAGCAUGGAUAUACGAAAUAAUGUCCAAGAACUAAAACAGCUGGAGAACUGUACUGUGAUCGAAGGCUAUUUGCAAAUCCUCCUCAUGUCUAAUGCCAAGGCUGAAGAUUUUCGCAAUCUGCGGUUCCCCAAACUUACUGUUAUUACGGAUUACCUGCUGCUCUUCCGUGUUUCUGGUCUUGAGAGUUUGAGUGACCUGUUUCCAAAUCUCACUGUGAUACGUGGUCGAGUUCUCUUUUACAACUAUGCUUUGGUCAUCUUUGAGAUGACUGAUCUUAAAGAAAUUGGGCUUCAUAACUUGCGGAAUAUUACACGUGGAGCUAUACGGAUUGAGAAAAACUCUGACCUUUGUUAUCUUUCAACUGUUGAUUGGUCCCUUAUUCUGGAUGCUACGUACAACAAUUACAUCAUUGGAAAUAAGCCGUCUAAGGAGUGUGGAGACAUGUGCCCUGGUACUAUGGAGGAGAAACCACUCUGCGAGAAGACAUCCAUUAACAACGAGUACAGCUUUCGGUGCUGGUCAGCUGACCACUGCCAGAAAGCAUGUUCUGUAGUCCAUGUGAGGGGCCCUGUCCUAAAGUUUGUGAAGAGGAUAAGACCAUAGACUCUGUCACUUCAGCACAGAUGUUGGAGGGGUGCACUGUGCUGAAAGGAAACCUGCAACUAACUAUCCGCAAGGGCCAAAACAUUGCGUCAGAGCUGGAAAAUUUCAUGGGACUAAUAGAAACUGUUACUGGAUAUGUGAAGAUCCGUCAUUCUCAUGCACUGGUAUCUCUUUCUUUCCUGAAGAACCUACGCUAUGUCCUGGGAGAAGAACAACUGGAAGGAAAUUAUUCCUUUUAUGUACUUGACAACCAUAACCUGCAGCAGCUGUGGGACUGGAACCGACACAAUCUUACCAUCAAGUCUGGCAAAAUGUACUUUGGUUUUAACUCCAAGCUGUGUGCAUCUGAGAUCUACCGCAUGGAGGAAGUAACAGGAACCAAGGGACGGCAUACAGAGUUGGACACCAAUCCCAGAACUAAUGGAGAUAGAGCAUCCUGUGAAACUCACAUCUUGAAUUUCAUUAGCAACACUACAAUGAAAAACCGGAUCAAGCUUAAAUGGGAGCGAUAUCGGCCUCCAGAUUACAGAGACCUCAUAAGUUUCACUGUUUAUUACAAAGAGGCUCCAUUCAAUAAUGUAACAGAAUACGAUGGUCAGGAUGCCUGCGGAUCAAAUAGCUGGAACAUGGUUGAUGUGGAUCUCCCACCCAACAAGGAUAAGAAUCCGGGGAUCCUCCUACAGGGACUGAAGCCCUGGACUCAGUAUGCAAUUUAUGUGAAGGCUAUCACCCUUAACAUGAUGGAAACCAAUCACAUACAUGGAGCAAAGAGUAAGAUUAUCUACAUACGAACAAACGCCGCAGUUCCUUCAAUCCCUCUUGAUGUAGUCUCUGCAUCCAACGCCUCAUACCAACUGAUUGUGAAGUGGAAACCUCCUUCCCUUCCAAAUGGAAACCUUUCAUACUACAUAGUGCGAUGGCAACAGCAAAAACAGGAUAGCUACCUGUAUCAACACAAUUAUUGCUCCAAAGAUAAAGUCCCCAUUCGUAGAUACGCCAAUGGUACUAUUGAUGCAGAGAGUACAGCUGAGCCCACAAAGCCCGAGGCUGGAAGUGGAGAAAAAGGCCUGUGCUGCACUUGCCCCAAAACUGAGGCAGAGAAAAAAGCAGAGAAAGAUGAGGCAGAGUACAGAAAAGUUUUUGAAAACUUCCUGCAUAACUCUAUUUUUGUGCCAAGGCCUGAACGGAGACGUCGGGAUAUCUAUUCUGUUUCCAAUAGCACUCUGGCUAGUAAUGGCAAGAAUUCUACCACACAAGAUUUCUUUAACACGUCAGACACAGAAGCUUAUGACAUGGUGUACCCGUUCUCUGAGAUGAAGGUGGACCACAACCGGGAGAGGGCAGUCAUCUCACAUCUUGAGCCUUUUACUCUGUAUCGUAUUGAUAUUCAUAGCUGCAACCAUGAAGCUGAGAAGCUUGGUUGUAGUGCAUCCAAUUUUGUCUUUGCUAGAACAAUGCCUGUAGUGGGAGCUGAUGAUAUCCCUGGACCUGUCGUGUGGGAAGCUGGAGAGGAGAAUUCCAUCUUGCUGAGGUGGCCCGAACCUGCCAAACCCAAUGGACUGAUCCUGAUGUAUGAGAUUGAGACUAAACCAGCUGAGCCUCACAGGAUGUGCCUAUCCAGACAGGAAUACCACAAGUUAGGAGGCGCAAAGCUUAAUCGGCUAACUCCUGGCAAUUAUACUGUACAGGUGCAGGCAAUAUCACUAUCUGGGAAUGGCUCAUGGACAGAACUGGUGGCAUUUUAUGUGCAGGCAAAAUCACCAGAAAAUGACAAUUUCCUGCAUCUGAUAGUGUCCAUUCCGAUUGCCAUCAUAUGUGUCUUCAUCGUAGUCGUUUUCAGCAUUUAUAUUAUUAACAAAAAGAGGAACAGUGACAGACUUGGUAACGGAGUCCUGUACGCAUCUGUGAAUCCUGAAUAUUUCAGUGCAGCAGAGAUGUAUGUACCUGAUGAGUGGGAGGUACCCAGAGAGAAGAUAACAAUGAGCCGGGAGCUGGGUCAAGGCUCAUUUGGCAUGGUAUAUGAGGGUAUUGCCAAAGGGGUGGUGAAAGAUGAGGCAGAGACCAGAGUGGCUAUAAAGACUGUAAAUGAGGCCGCCAGCAUGCGGGAAAGAAUUGAAUUUCUAAAUGAGGCCUCCGUUAUGAAGGAAUUCAAUUGUCAUCAUGUGGUGCGUUUGCUGGGGGUCGUUUCUCAAGGUCAGCCAACACUUGUUAUCAUGGAGCUAAUGACACGUGGGGACCUCAAGAGCUAUUUGAGAUCUUUAAGACCAGACACUGAUAGUAACCCUGGGCAGCCCCCUCCUUCACUUAAGAAGAUGAUCCAGAUGGCUGGAGAGAUUGCAGACGGCAUGGCAUAUCUCAAUGCAAACAAAUUUGUUCACAGAGACCUUGCAGCCAGGAACUGUAUGGUAGCUGAGGAUUUUACAGUCAAAAUUGGAGACUUUGGAAUGACCAGAGAUAUCUACGAGACAGAUUAUUAUAGAAAGGGUGGAAAAGGUCUACUCCCAGUUCGAUGGAUGUCUCCAGAAUCCCUUAAGGAUGGGGUAUUUACUACAAAUUCAGACGUUUGGUCAUUUGGAGUUGUUCUCUGGGAGAUUGCCACUCUGGCAGAGCAGCCUUACCAAGGCAUGUCAAAUGAGCAAGUUCUCCGGUUCGUUAUGGAAGGGGGUCUGCUGGAGAAGCCAGAUAACUGUCCUGACAUGCUGUUUGAGCUUAUGCGCAUGUGCUGGCAGUACAACCCUAAGAUGAGACCGACGUUCUUGGAGAUCAUUAGCAGUAUAAAGGAUGAGAUUGACCCAGGCUUUAAAGAGGUAUCAUUCUUCUACAGUGAGGAGAACAAACCUCCAGAUACAGAAGAACUAGAUCUGGAGGCUGAGAAUAUGGAGAACAUUCCAUUGGAUCCCUCC